AGCUUUUCCUAUAAAGUGAAUCUGUUGUGUAACAUCACAGCUGGCUCAGAAUACAGGUGCCUGCUCCUGCUCUCCCUGAGAAGGUAGAAGGGGAAGAGACCAAUCCAGAUGAGAUGCAGGGGAGGAGGGGACACCCAACAGCAAAGACACCGUUGCAAUCUUUGCCUAAACCAUAUCUCUGAGAAAGAGUUUCUUGUUGCCUGUUUAUCUCUGGGUUACCACGGACCCCUGCUCUCCAAGGUGGGUUGUGAACUCUGGGGCACUACUGAGAUUGGCUGAGAGCUGAAGGACAGUCCCAAAGGAGCUUCAGUUCUGUGGAACCUAUACAGCCUUCUUUACCUUACCUUGACCAGGUGCUUAGAGUUUGGAAAGUCAGGGGUAAGAACUGAAAUUCCUUGAGGAGUCGCCCAGGAGCAAGCUGUGGCAAGCUGGAGGGAGGGACACAUCUGUGUGCCACCCGCUCCCUCCCUUCCUACCCGUCCUCGCCUGUUCUCACGUGCUCACAGGCAUUUAGGCAGAAGUGAUCCCCGUGGCUCUGCCAAAGACAAGCCUGUUGGGUUGAAGAAAGAAAAAAAAAAAAACCAAAACUCAGGCAAAGUCACAGCCUUAAAAUUGUUCCUUGGAAGAAGCUUGGGUGGAGAAGCGUGAGAAGAUGAAUGGACCUGUGGAUGGCUUGUGUGACCAUUCUCUAAGUGACGAAGGAGCCUUCAUGUUCACGUCUGAGUCUGUGGGAGAGGGACACCCAGAUAAGAUCUGUGACCAGAUCAGUGAUGCAGUGCUGGAUGCCCAUCUCAAGCAAGACCCCAAUGCCAAGGUGGCCUGCGAGACGGUGUGCAAGACUGGCAUGGUGCUGCUAUGUGGCGAGAUCACCUCAGUGGCCAUGGUGGACUACCAGCGGGUGGUGAGGGAUACCAUCAAGCACAUCGGCUACGAUGACUCGGCUAAGGGCUUUGACUUCAAGACAUGCAACGUGCUGGUGGCUUUGGAGCAGCAGUCCCCGGAUAUCGCCCAGUGCGUCCAUCUGGACAGAAACGAGGAGGAUGUUGGGGCAGGCGAUCAGGGUUUGAUGUUUGGCUACGCCACCGACGAGACAGAGGAGUGCAUGCCUCUCACCAUCAUCCUCGCCCACAAGCUCAACGCCCGGAUGGCCGACCUCAGGCGCUCCGGUGUCCUCCCCUGGCUGCGGCCCGACUCUAAGACUCAGGUGACAGUUCAGUACGUGCAGGACAAUGGCGCAGUCAUCCCCGUGCGCAUCCACACCAUCGUCAUCUCCGUGCAGCACAACGAAGACAUCACGCUGGAGGAGAUGCGCAGGGCCCUGAAGGAGCAGGUCAUCAAGGCCGUGGUGCCAGCCAAGUACCUGGACGAGGACACCAUCUACCACCUGCAGCCCAGUGGGCGGUUUGUCAUCGGAGGUCCCCAGGGGGAUGCGGGCGUCACUGGCCGUAAGAUCAUUGUGGACACCUAUGGCGGCUGGGGGGCUCAUGGUGGUGGGGCCUUCUCUGGGAAGGACUACACCAAGGUGGACCGCUCAGCUGCAUACGCUGCCCGCUGGGUGGCCAAGUCUCUGGUGAAAGCAGGGCUCUGCCGGAGAGUGCUUGUCCAGGUUUCCUAUGCCAUCGGUGUGGCCGAGCCGCUGUCUAUUUCCAUCUUCACCUACGGAACCUCUCAGAAGACAGAGCGAGAGCUGCUGGAUGUGGUGCAUAAGAACUUCGACCUCCGGCCAGGUGUCAUUGUCAGGGAUUUGGACUUGAAGAAGCCCAUCUACCAGAAGACGGCAUGCUACGGCCAUUUCGGAAGAAGCGAGUUCCCAUGGGAGGUUCCCAGGAAGCUUGUGUUUUAGAGCCAGGGGAGCUGGCCUGGUCUCGCCCUGGAGGCGCCCGGUGGCCAUGCUUCUCUUUCCCAGAGCCCUGGCCACUGACCGCCUUCCCCACCCACCACCCCUUGGGGCAAAGCCAGGUCCCUCUCAUUUCACCUGUCCUGUUAUUAUCAUGGCUGGCUGGAGGCAGGGGCUUCCUGGUGCUGGAGGUUGGAUCUUUAUGUGAGGAUGGGCAUGAUGUUCUCCUGCCGCUCCCUCCAACUGGGGCAAUGUUAAUUUAGUGGAAAAGGCACCCCCAUCAAGAGUGAAUUUCCUCACUUGCCUUCCCCCACAGCUGGACUCUGACCAGCUCCCCCUCCCUCCCCUUGUCUGUGCCAGAGGAGGCCAGCACAUCUCACAGGCCUCAGGGCUCCUGUGGGCCUGGGCUCCUGGGCCUCCCUUUCACAGGUAGCCAGCGCCCUGAGCCAGGGUCUCCAGAAAGCCCCUUCCGGGCCGGGCACAUGGCAGGGGUUAGAGCAGGGCUGAUGUCUCCUAAGCAUCUGUAAUGUGCGAGGGACCCAGCCAAUGACUGAUCUCAUUCUUUCUUCACCGCAACAUGAUGAGGCAGUACCUUUUAUUAUCCCAUUUAUAGAUGGGGGAAACCAAGGCACAGAGAGUCUGGAUAACUUCCACAGGGUCCCACAGCCGCGAGUUGAGGCCUAGAUGUGUAACUAGGAGCUUUGACUCAGGAGCCUGUAACAUCCCCCCACCCCACUGUUGUCUCAUGCCAGUAACAGGCUUAAACAAGGACAAAAGCAGAUUCUGAAAUGAGGCCAUGGACUCUGUCCUAGAGGCGUGAGGUUAUUGGAAAUUAGGGGAUUAACCCCUACCAGCUCUUGUUGAGCUCUGGGCAAUGGUCUGCAAAGUGAAGACGGAACCAUAGGACGAUUUUGUUUGCUUCAUGUGUCCCAGAAGAUGGUAAAAGGUGAGCUGGAGGCCUGGCCCAUCAGGGUGGGCUGGAGUUUGGGAUUAACCAGCAACUUUAGAAUCCCAGCCUCCUGACCACUCAGAAGCGUGCAGAGAUUGGGUUUUUGGACUUCUGGGACAACUGGUCUAAGUCCAGGCCAGCCUCGUCGGGGCUUCCUGGAGCAGAAGGAGCAACUUGUCCUAGCACAGAUGGCCACCCCUUAGCCAGAGGCCUUCAAGUCUUUCUCUUUCUCUGGCCCCUUGUAUCCUCUGUAGGCUGAGUACAUUUGGAGGGAGGGAGUGGGUCCUUCAGAUGCCCCAUCCAGGGAGGCUGGUCCUAAGGCCUCAUGUUAAAUAGGUGGGGCUUGCCUUCUGGUGGUUGACAAGCUACUGAGAUGUCAUGAGGAGAUUCUGCCUUUGCCAGGUGACUCUGUGGGGGCAGGUCUGCUCCCAAGGGGCCUGAGCAGACCUUGGCCUGCCAGGGUCUUGGAAUUCACCUGCCUUUCCAUCUGUGGCCAGUAGUACCUGCCCUACCCACCCCACUUGUCCUUAGCCUGGACCUCUGAUAGCAGCAUCUCUACCUUCUCCCCAGCUCCCAGGACCACAUGCUCAGGCACGGGCCUCCAUAGGCCCCAGGGGAACACUGGGGACUUGGCUUCUUUCUAGGAUGCAUGGUGCUUAUUCGGGCUGGAGGAGGCAGCCCAGGAAGUCUCAUCUGGGGAGCAGGCAGCCUGCAUCUGGGCUUUGGCCUGGAGCACAAAGACCCUGGAGCCCAAAGACCCUGGCUUUCAUUUUCUAUCAGACAAAAGGAAAUUAAGGCAGCAAACGAAGCCCAGCUCCUGGUCACCUAGGAAGCCUCAAAUUGCUUCCAGUGGAACGAAGGAGAGGUUUGCAGGUGCCCGAAUUCCUCUAACUUGGGUCAUACUCAAUGUGAAAAUUCAGAACUUUAUACUUUUCCUUCCUUCUAGAGAAAUAGGAAACUAAAGCCUUUAUUUGUUAAUAGUUCCUGCUAGAACAGUGAAUAAAAACUCAAGGAGCAACUAC